AUGUUAAAGAGGAUUGUGAAACUCUUUAAGUGGCUUAUAAGGGAAUUUCCCAAAGUUCGGAUGUCAAGGCUUCAAGUCCUCACCACCAAAUAUGAGAACUUGAAGAUGCUUGAGGAUGAAAAUAUUUAUGAGUACAAUGUUCGUCUUUGUGACAUUGUCAAUAAUUCUUUUGCUCUCGGUGAAAAAUGUCAAAAGAGAAGAACAGAUAUGAAAACAAGAUCUGCGGCAAGAAUUGACAACAAUGACCAUUCAGAAGAUUUUGAGACAACAGAAGAGGAAGACUUAAAUGAUCGUACUGGUUCAGUUAGCACAGAAGAGGAAGAGGAUGAAAUUGCUGAUAUGAGAAAUAAGAAAAGCAAAAAAACUUCAUCAAGGAUAUUGCAUAGGUGUUUUCCUAAGAAGCUGACAGAAUUAGUUUUGUUGUUGAACGAGGGAAAGAAAGAUCCUAGUAAGAAAGAAGACUGUAUUAAGAAAGAGAAGUAUAUUAAGGAAUGUGGAUUUGGCGGAUUGUUGAAACCAAACAUCACCAUUAUCCCGGGGGUAUUUGUAAGCUGGAUUUUAAAUAACUUUGACAAAGAUAGGGGAAUGGUUGUCAAUGAAAAUGCAAGAAUUACUGUUGGAGAAGAAGAUGUGAAGAGGGUAUAUGAUUUGCCAAGAGUUAAGAAGAUAAUUGAUUUGGAAAAGGUUGACAAAUCAAAUAAAGAAAAGUUGAAUAAAUUUAAGGAGCAGCUCGGGUACAUAGGGGAGACUUAUGAUAGUAUGAUCAACAUACAUACCAAUGUUUUGUAUGAAAGGUUGAUGAAGUUUGAAAUCACAAAGAACAAAGCUUGGGCAAAAGGUUUUAUAUUAUUGGCUAUCGAAACCAUUCUUUGCCCUACUACUUCAUAUUUGGUACAUUUUUUAGAUAUGGUGCAAACAACCAAAAAGAAGAAAAUAGUUGAAAAACCACCAAGUUGUAGUAAAUGGGAGGAUGACAUUGUGAGCUUGGAGUUGAAGAAAAUAAAGGAGAAGGGAGGUUUCAACAAGGUGAUCGUUCUUAAUAAAAAAGAUUGUGAUGUUCCAGAAAGUAGUAGAGCAGAAAAAGACAUGGAGGAUGAAGUGAUGCAUGACAAAAUUGCUGAGACUGCAAAACAUAGUAGAGAGAAAGUGAUCCAAAGAAAAGGGAAAAAGCGAAAGACACAUAAUGUGGAUGAUGAAAUGAUGGAGGCUCAUUUGGCUUCACAUGACUACGCAUUAGAAGAGUAUUCAGUAUUACAGUUUGAGAGUACAUGUUUAAUAUGUGGCUAUACAUGCUUAGUUUGA